AUGCCCACUGUAGAUGACAUUCUAGAGCACAUUGGGGAAUUUAACUUCUUCCAGAAACAAACCUUUUUUAUUUUGUCCCUAAUUUCUGCCACCUUCACCCCCAUCUAUGUGGGGAUUGUUUUCCUGGGCUUCACCCCAGAUCACCGCUGCCUGAACCCUGGAGUUUCAGAGCUAAGCAAACGAUGUGGCUGGAGUUUGGAAGAGGAGCUGAAUUACACAGUGCCAGGCCUGGGGUUACCAGGAGACGCUUUUAUCAGCCAGUGCCGGAGAUAUGACGUGGACUGGAAUCAGACAGCCCUCAGCUGCACGGACCCUUUUGCCAAUUUUACCAGCAACGGGAGCCACAUCCCUCUUACCACCUGUCAGGAUGGCUGGGUAUACGACACUCCAGGCUCCUCCAUUGUCACUGAGUUUAACCUGGUAUGUGCCAAUUCAUGGAAACUGGACCUGUUUCAAUCGAUUGUGAAUGUCGGAUUUUUUAUUGGCUCUGUGGGCAUCGGUUACAUAGCAGACAGGUUUGGUCGUAAGCUGAGCCUUUUAAUUACAAUUCUCAUAACUGGUGUUUCGGGAGUACUCAUGGCCCUUUCUCCAAGCUACACCUGGAUGUUAAUCUUCCGAUUUAUCCAAGGACUGGUCAGCAAGUCUGGGUGGUUGAUAGGCUACAUCCUGUUGACUGAAUUUGUCGGCCUGAAGUACCGGAGGACUGUGGGAAUUUGUUACCAAAUGGCUUUCACCGUGGGCCUCCUGAUUCUGGCAGGGAUUGCUUAUGCUCUACCUUCUUGGAGAUGGCUGCAGCUCACAGUUUCCCUGCCCUACUUCUGCUUCUUGCUCUACUAUUGGUGCGUUCCAGAAUCUCCCAGGUGGUUGAUCUCUCAAAAUAAAAAUGCAAAGGCCAUGAAAAUUAUUAAGUACAUUGCAAGGAAAAAUCAGAAACCUUUGCCAGCCUCUCUUCAGAGCCUUAAACCUGAUGAGGAAGCCAGUGAAAAGAUGGAUCCUUCCUUUAUUGACUUGGUCAGAACUCCUCAGAUAAGGAAGUAUACUUUGAUCUUGAUGUACAACUGGUUCACAAGUGCUGUGCUUUAUCAGGGCCUCAUCAUGCACAUGGGACUUGCAGGUGGGAAUAUCUAUUUGGAUUUCUUCUAUUCUGCUCUGGUUGAGUUCCCAGCUGCUUUUAUCAUUAUCUUCACCAUUGAUCGCAUUGGCCGCCGCUACCCUUGGGCUGCAUCAAAUAUGGCGGCUGGGGCAGCCUGUCUCAUCUCAGCUUUUCUUCCCGAUGAUCUAAUGUGGCUAAAAAUUACAGUUGCAUGCCUGGGUAGAUUGGGGAUCACAAUGGCCUAUGAAAUGGUUUGCCUGGUCAAUGCUGAAUUGUAUCCCACAUUCAUCAGGAAUCUUGGUGUAAUGGUCUGCUCUUCAAUGUGUGAUAUCGGUGGAAUGGUAACACCAUUCCUUGUCUACAGGUUGACUGAUCUCUGGCAUGAACUCCCCCUACUGGUUUUUGCUAUGAUUGGCUUAAUCGCUGGGGUGUUGGUAUUGAUGCUACCUGAGACCAAAGGGAAGACCUUACCUGAGAGCAUUGAAGAAGUUGAAAAUAUGCAGAGACAAAGAAAAACUAAAGAGAAAAUCAUUUACCUCCAGGUCCAGAAACCAGAAGUUUAACUUAACUAAGAAGAAAGGAAAUCACCCCCAGUUAUGACCUGCUUUUCAUGACCCAAAGCCUGGAAACAGAAUUAUUCACCCAACACAAACCCCAUACAAUCUUACUUCCCUUUAUACCUCCUAAUCUUAGAUGUAUAUCCUAAUAGAACUUGUAACGCUAUUGACCCAGAGGACCAAAGGCUUAGGGAGCUAUAUCCUGUCAACCCCACCCACCCCCCACAGCACUCUCCAGGUCCCAGCUUUCCCAGGAUAAUGACCAUCACUUUGUAUGGGAAUUGUUCCACCUUUGUAUUUCCAUUAUUGACCCCUUUCUCCAUAGUUACUUGUGCCCUGGAAACAGUGAAAGUGAUGGGGGGAGAUGGGAAGAAACAGUAACUUAUAAAGAAGAGAAUGUGUUUUGCUGAUUGAAGAAAAAUAUCAAGGUCAUUGCCUGAUUGUCCACAAUGGCUGAAAACAUUUUUGAAUACGCCCUUCUGUACAAUGAAUGAGGAAAUUUCUGAAUACCGUGCUUAUUUUCUGUGGCCUACUUGAAUGCUUACUGUGUGGUUAAGAGGAACUCAAAAUAACGGAAUUGAGGAGAAAUCAGUUAUUCCCUUUUGUCUUCAGACUGGAUGAUAACUGAGCAAUUCUGUGCCAAUGCUAACACAGUCCUUCUUUAAAGAUCCAGAAAGGGGCUGUGAUGACUGGGCUGCUGCUUGUUAGGAUGGCAUCAUUAAGGGUACACAGAUGGUAAAGAUUUUACAAGCUGGUGAAAACUGCAAAGGCACAUGUUUCUUGUUUUCUAUACUUAUCUACAAGACUAAGAUGAAAACGCUAUUGAGUUUGGCCAAGGCUGAAACAGUAAUAACAAUAAUGCCACUUUGAGAUACAGAAUUGUGUUAGUAAGUGUCAUAGCUAUAUCUCCAAGCCAGGGCCUCUAAAGCCAAUUCUAGGGUUCUUUUCUCUAUACCUCACAAGAUCAAGUUGUUUGUGCAACUUGGAUAGCAUAAAAGGAUGGAUAGCAUAAAAGGCCAGGGGAAGAAAGGUAGGUAGAGGACUGGGAGUCAAGAAAAUGAGUUAAAAUCUUGCCUCAGAUACUUAACUAGCUUUGUAAUCCUUAGUAAAUCACU